CGUUUGGAAAGAUUGUGGUGAUACCGGUAGUAGUUCCGCAGCUGCUUUUUUUUCCGGUUCAUAGAUCCUCUGCUUUCAGAAAACACAACAUACUUCGUCACACUACUCAAAAUGGAUCGUUGAUUUGGACUUUCUGUUUCACAACACCUUCCUCUCAGUGAACAAGGAUUUAUUGUUGUUCCACGUGUGUCUCUAUCCAUUGCGUUUUUUUGAAAGGUGUAGAUUAGAGGGGGGAAAAAAUAGUUUUGAUUAACGCCGGAGGGUUUUGUGACUUGACUGCACCACCAAGCUCUUCCUGGUUUUUGACAUCAUUUUUUUAAUGAAAUAUACACUGACAUUGAAAAAUCACGCUGUAACUGGAUUAAAAAACGUGGAGUUUGGCGUUCACAGUUAUAAUGGAAUUCUACUAGCUUUUCUUACAACGUAUUCUUUUUGUUAAUUAAAAUAUACAAAAUGUCUUUUCAAACAAAGGUCGGAAGAAAUGUAGAUUUUCAAUGGAAAAAAAUGGUCUGACUGAGUGACACACAGAGAAAGUUCUGUAAAAUGGAACAUGAGAAAAACAGUUCUGUGCCGUCCACAGAUCUUUUUGAAAGCAUAUCCCCAGGGUCAAGUGGCUAUAUAGAGAACAUCCUUCCUGUACUGCACAAUUCUUACAUGAACCCAGAGUCUGCAAAAUGUUUCAGCUAUAACUAUGCUUAUCUAGUAAAAAAUGAUGUUCUUCUGGAAAAGUUUAAUUUCAUUUAUGUAGAAAAGAAGAAAAAAGGCUAUAAGCCUGAAGAGCUUGAAGAGUCUUUCGGCUUCCUUCUGUGUGAGCAGGAAAACCAGGCAAAACAGCUCUGUGAAACUGGUUUGAAAGUUGGAAAUAGUUCAUGCUCUACACUAGGAGAUCCUACAAAGGGUGUUUAUAUUUCUAAAUAUUCUGACUGCCUAGACCUCAAGCCGUGGCACAAUGGAAAAUCUGGCUGCAUUGUCAUUUUCAGACUUAUUAAGGGCAAAGUAAAAGCAGUGACAGAAAACUACACUUCUAAUUUUCCAAAACCAUCUGUUGGCUAUGAUUGCCAUGUCUCUGAAAAUAUUGGGACAAUCUCUUCAACAAGUAGUUCUUUUCAAGCCUAUGAAAGCACACAGUAUUAUUUGUACGAGUUACAGAACGGUGCCGCCAUUUCUUGCCCCAGACACAUUUGUCCAUUCGCCAUUGUAGGCUUUCUAUACAGUGAAUCAAAAUCCUGUAUGUCAGGGUUGAAAAAUGGAAAAAAUGCUACUCGAGACAAAACAGCUUCGCACUACUGUACUUGGAGAGGCCAGAUCAGGAUCAAAGACCACUCCCCAGUGUAUCAUGUAGCUCUCAAGUCUUAUACUGGUGCAGUAAUCCCAUCCAAGCUACCAGAGAAACUAAAAAUUGACAGUGUUAUGAAAGUUUGUGAUUUGAAGAAAGCAUUACCAGAGGCGGCCUUUAAAAGAGAAAGUUACUGUACAAGUGAAGUUUGCUUGGAUGGAAUGUACUGCAGUUUGUAUGAGGUGGUAAAUUCUGCUGAGGAGGAGGGCCAGCUUCAUUUGUUAAGGGAAGAACUAAAAGAAAAAGACUUGGCACUUGCUCAGCAAUUAAAUGAUCACGGACUACUUCUGUUUUUAGCUUCAUCGUCUUUUGAGUUGGAUGAAGAAAAUACCUAUGAGAAAGAUCAUGCACUACAGGCGUUGUUUGUAUUUCCGAACUCAAGAACAGUUACAAAGGAUAUGAAGGCUCCUUAUUUUGUACGAAAAUCUGAGGAUCUGGUUUCUCGUGAUGUAAUGCGGAUUUUGCCUGCCCUUAAUUAUGCAGAAAUGAAAGCUGAAAAAUUCCAAACUGAUCAGAAAACUCCUCCUUGUGAGUUGGUGGAGCAACACUUGCAUAACUAUGCAACUUUAACUCGGCUAGGGAUCACAGACUCAAGUCCCAUUAGAGAUCUGUUUUCAUUGGCUGAGCAAUAUGAUGUGUCCAGAGUGGAUAAACACCUCUACAGAACUGCAAAAUGCCCUAAAUCGGCAGUUGCAAACUUGAAGUCCUACUUCAGUGGAUCAGACACUUAUAUGCUACCAGUAUCAAAAGCUUUAGAGCUGCUGGCUGUAUAUCAGGAUGAAGCAUGUGAAGUUGCAGAUGAUGACUGCGAGAUUAUCUACUAUUCUCCUGUGUCUUCACCAGAGGCACAACAGCAUAUGUGCUGGAAUGAAGGUGACCUUGAUGAUCAAAUAAGAACUUUAGAAAGUGGAAAUACAUCCUCCCAUGAGCAUGAUAUUGACAAGGAAGGCAAGGGCUUAGAAAUGGCAAUUCAGGAGGCCCAGGGAGCAGAUAUUGAAAUAAUGGAGAUAACAGGGGCUCAAGGCACAGAUCAACAAGAUGUUUUGUCCAAUAAUUACAGAUCCAAAAUAAUAAAAACAAGAGACAAUAAAAUGCCUUCAGGCAGCAGCAGAGACAGUCGUGGAAAAAGAAAGAAGCCUUUAUUACCUGCUGGUCCUAAAACAGAAGGCCCUAGUAAAAAUUCUAACGGAAACGACAUUGAAAAGGGAAAUAAACCUUUGGCUUCAGUGGAUCAGCAAGGUGCAGAUAAAAAAGAACGCUCCAGUAAAAGAUUAGCAAAAACCAGUGGUGCAAAAGGAAAGAAGCCAUUGGAUUCUGAUGAUCAGAUUCACCCAAAAGAGACAACCACUGGAGAUGAGCUACAGCUGCCAAAAAGAAAAAUGAAAGGGGAGAGUUAUCAGUAUGGAUUAAAAAAUAUUAUAACAGAUUGUGGUAGAGUUUUUGUUCCACAUGGUUCAAAGGUGUUGCAUACAGAUCAUAUACCAACUGAACAAACCACUGGAGCUGAGGGUGUAUGUAAAACUCUGUGCAAAGAAGACAGUCUGGCUAGUGGAGCAGAUUCAGAACUGACACAGUCAGUGACAGAAAGUUUCCACAAUGCAGUAGACAGAAUAGCUCCAAGUGAACCUGAAAUCCAGAAAGAGAGUGAGCAACCCAAGGAUACACAGGUUAAAGAAAAUGAGUUAGUGGAUGCUCUAAAGAAACUACCUCUCUGUAAAACAAAUGCAGGUAGAUGUGCGGACAGUGUAAAGAAACAAAAAACACUGGCUCCUGCAGAUCAGAUGGUUGCUCUGAUUGAUCCUAAAGAGACACCCACUACAGAUAAGCCAAGUUCACGGAAAAGGAAAAAACAAAACGAUGGCAACAGAGAAAACUGUGAGUUAAAAAAUGUUGGUGUCAACUGUAGAAAAUCAGUCAGUCCACAAAGUGUGCAAGCAUUGAUUACUGACUCUAAAUCAAUAGAGCCUACCAUUGGGUCAGAGGAGAGGCCUAAAACCAAAACAUACCAAAGAAAAAGGCCAGCUGGAGAAGCCAAUUCCUCCAAAUCGACCAAAACAAUGGAAGAAACCAAGAUCAGCAGCAGAAGGGGAAAGAAGCCAUUGGCCCCUGCAGAUCAGAAGGUUUCUGUGAUUGAUCCAAUUGAGGAUAACAUUGUAGAUGGACUCAGUCCUCUGCCAAGUAUCCAGCAGCCUAAAAAACAAGUAACCAAACAAAGAAUUGUAAAAGCGUUCAAAGAAAGAGUCAAUUUUCAGACCAGGAUAGCUGAAUACAUGAAAGAAAAUGGAUGGUUGAAUUUUGAAACGUCAUCAGAUUCUUCAGAGAAUCAAAGUACACAAUCUAGUCCAUCAGAGCAACCCAUGCUUGAUUUUGAAAGAAAUACAAGGCUCAGUCAGCCCUCGGAUGCACUUAACUUACUGGCUGAUUUGGCUCUUGGCUCAAGUACCUCAGGAACUACUCCUGCAUUGCAAUCAAAGGAGACCUCAGAUGUUUCUAAAAACAUGAAUACAAGUGCCUGUCAGGAAAAUGUUUCAAUGACCGACAAGCAUGUACAAAGCCACACAGUGCUAGUUUGUGAAGCAAAUCUUAGCCCUACAAGUUUGGAUAAUUGUGAAACUUUGCGGCAAGCUUUGUUGAACAGUAAAUUUCCUCAAGGUCUUCCAGUUACUGAAGAGCUGAUUCUUGAUGUGAUAGUUAAAGAGCAUUCCUAUUCACAACCUUCAUCGGUGCUGAUGGAUUUAACAGAUCAGUCACCUUUGGCCUCCACAAACAGUGGAGAAUCGGGAAAUGUGAAUGAAGUUGCCUUAGUUGGAAGAGUUGCACCUUUCAUACAUCAGCAGCAACCCUUUUAUGACUGUCAGAAAUCCAAAAAAUUUUCAUCCUUUUCUCAAAAUAUGCAGGAAUCAAGUUGUGUAAAAGCAGGCCUGUCUCGGGUUGUUUUUGAAGUGAAUGGAAUUAUUAAGGUGACAAGAGAGUGGAAAGAUAAUUAUGAGUUUGCAUUGGAUAGCAAAUACAGCAAUGAUCCUCUGGAUAAAUGUGUGACUCGGGCCCUCCAUGGACCAUGGAACUUUAAUAUCGAGGAAACAUUUGAGCAAGUGCACCUUAUCCUUCAUAUGUGGAUUGGUCUUUUCUACAGCAAGUCUACUUUGAGGUUCUUUCAGACAGAUACAGUUCAGAGCAGUGAUGAAUCGAAAUGUGUAUUCCAGAUCUCUCCUUCUAAAAGUGUAACUCAGAGAGCACCCCCAGCUGGCAGUUGUGGCUCUCAGAUUAAACCCCAAAGUCUUCAGGUGCCAUCUGUUAUUCAGAAAGCUGUAAAAGAACCAGAUAUGGAGGCACUGGAUCGAGGGGAACAAAGUAAUGAAGCAUUAGAUCUCACUAUGACCAAUUACGAAGCACUGGAUCUCACUGAGACCAAUUACGAAGCACUGGAUCUUACUGUUCCAAAAAACACAAAGAACGUGGUACCUGACUCUACCAGUGAACUGGUGCCUUCUGAAACUCCAGAGGAAAGUUGGGUCAGUAAUUACUCAGACAGCCGAAAUGAAAAUGUAAAUUAUACACAAUUGCAAGAUACAACCACCGCCAAAGCCUGGAGUACUGCUGGCGAAUAUUCAGAUAAGGAUUGCAGAGCCAGUGUGGGGCUACAUAAAGAGGAGAACGAGGAGGAGGAUAAAGAUGAUAACACAGGUGUAUCAUAUAUGUACCCGACCAGAUUCUUGGAUACUGAUAAGGAGUACAUUGAGUUAUGUAACAAAGCAACAAAUUUGUGUAUUGCUAAGGGGAAACCCUACAAUGGAAUACAGAGGACGUUAAUCGAUGACUGGACGAAGAGAAUUGCCUUAGUGGCUGUUCCAGUUGUUAAUGAAAGAACUACAAAGAUAACCUGUAUGCAAGCUGAGAAACUAGUUCACAUAUAUACAACCGAUCCAGAGGGCAAAGAAAAAAAUAUGUGCAAAAAAGAUGAGAAGUCUUCUAAUUUAACUGUAGCAUUUAGGACUGAAAAAGAUAACGCCAUCUCCGAACCCACAGAAACUGUUGGAAAUUCUGGUGGGACAGUGGCUAUUAUGCACAGCGGCAAUGGGGAAGCUGUCAUUAUGCAAAGUCCAUAUGAGAAUCAAAGGGAAGCAAUAUUGUCAGACACUGAAGUCAAGGACAGCCUUUCUUCAGAUGAGUGUGUGGUGGAACAAAACAUGUGCCAAGAAAAUGUGAGUUCUUGGAUUUUAACUGCAGCUCCAAGAAGUGAAGAAGAUGACAACAUCUUCUCAAAACUCGCAGAAAAUAUAGAAAAAUCAGGCGGGGCAGUGACUGUUGUGCACAGCGAAAAUGGAGAAGAUAUCAAUAUGCAAAGCCCAAUGAUAAAAGAAUUGCUGUAUAGGAAUGAGAAUCAAAGGGAAGCAAUAUUGUCAGUCCCUGAAGUACACAAAGGCAUUGCAUCAGAUGAGUCUGUGGUGGCACAACAAAUCUGCAGAGAAAAUGAGAGGUCUUGGAUUAUAACGGCAGCACCAAGGAGAAAAAAAGAAAACAACGUCUCAGAACCCACAGAAACUAUUACAAAUUAUGGUGGGACAGUGGCUGUUAUGCACAGUGAAAAUGGAGAAGAUAUCAAUAUCCAAAGCCCAACAUUAGAACAAUUACUGGAUAGAAAGGAGAAUCAAAAGGAUGAAUGUUUGUCAGUCCCUGAAGGCAAGGAAAACCUUUCACCAGAUGAGUCUGUGGUAGAACAAAAAAUGCACAGGGAAAAUGAGAGUUUUUUUAUUUUAACUGAAGCACCAAGGAGUGAAAAAGAUGUCAUCUCAGAACUCACGGAAACUAUUACAGAUUCUGGUGGGACAUUGGCUGUUCUACACAGUGAAAAUGGAGAAGCUGUCCGUAUGCAAAGUCCAGUGAUAGAACAAUUAUUGGAGAGGAAUGAGAAUCAAAGGGAAGCAAUAUUGUCAGGCACUGAAGUCAAGGACAGCCUUUGUUCAGAUGAGUCUGUGGUGGAACAAAACAUGUGCCAAGAAAAUGAUAGCUGUUGGAGUUUAACUGCAGCUCCAAGAAGUGAAGAAGAUGACAACAUCUUCUCAAAACUCACAGAAAAUAUAGAAAAAUCAGGGGGGGCAGUGACUGUUGUGCACAGCGAAAAUGGAGAAGAUAUCAAUAUGCAAAGCCCAACGAUAAAAGAAUUACUGGAUAGGAAUGAGAAUCAAAGGGAAGAAAUAUUGUCAGACCCGGAAGUACACGAAGAUAUUUCAUCAGAUGAGUCUGUGGUGGAUAGUAAAGAGAAACGUUCACAACUAUCAAAUAAACCAGCUCAUGAUUAUGGAGGCUAUUGUUGGUACUCUGAAUUUAAAAAAGAUUGUGUACCUGUCGGCCACUUCAGAAAGGAAGAUUUUUGUGAUGACUCUGAAGAAGCAAGCGGUGUUGUCUGCAAUGAAGUUUUAGACCAGAAUCCAGCAUUCACAAAGACUCAAACUGAAUUUGUUGGAAAUGUAGAACAAGAAAAAGAAGGCGGUAUAAAAGUACAUAUCUCAAACAGAGGGAAGCAACACACUAGUAGAACAUAUUUGCAAAAUAUGAUGGAUGUGGAUAGUCUGCCCACUUCUUCUGUUGUUCAUAUCACCGAUUGUUGGGGCAACCAAAAAACAUAUGCAAACUUCUCAAUAGUUAAACCUAGAGAUAAUGUAUGUGCUAGAACUGUUCAAAACGCACAGAAGGAGAAUUGGCAACUUAAAGGAUUUAACUUCUUAAAAGCAUGGGAAGAAAUGCAUUACACUAAACCCGAUCUUACUCAGAAUACUUUAGACCAAGAAUACUUGUGUUUUUCUGAUAAACUGAAUCAAAUCACCAAAUGGAAUAAGCACACUGAUCUUUCAAAAGCAUCACAUGUAAAUGGUAGAGCAAUUAGUCCAUUAACCAUAACUUUUUCAGAUUUAGAUGUUGUACCGGAUGACUUACUUCAGACGACUGAUUUACCCUUAAGAAAUCACCAAAUAACAGUGGAUAUGCCUCAAAGAACCGCAAUACAAGAAGCUAAUAAAAUGAAUGAAUUUGGUAACAACGUGACACUUCCGCAUCUUAAGAAACUAACCUAUGUCCAGGAUAUGAGAGGACAACAGUGUGAGAUCUCAGACAUCACAACCAAAUGUUUUCACUCACAUAUGUUAUCAAUGAAUCGUGUUUGCAAUGGAAAGGGGAAAGAACUGGAUUUGGGUACUACCAGUACAGACAGUCAGAAGAGAAAUAAGGACUUUCUGCAGUCUAGCACAAGGAAGCCUCUGCCAUUUCAGAGUGUCAUAGAUCAUUUAUGUACCAGCCUCCACCAAAAUCUGAAUGCUGUAGUAAAGGAGUCAUUUAAAACCAAGUUCAAGUUUUACAUCAUUGAAACAAAGAUUGAUGAAUUCUUUGAGAACGUAAAGAAAAUUCUUAAGAAAGGCGGCCAUGCAGAAGUGCAGCUAUCGUACUUUGAUCAGCCGGAUGAGUGUCCGUCGGGCCCCCUGAUCAUUAUCAUUAGGAAUGAAGAUAUCUCUACACAUGUGCACAGAAUUCCGCACUUGGUGGAUCUGAAGAAGGUGCCAAGUGUUUUGUUUGCUGGUAUUGACAGCAUUGAUGAUAUCCUCAGUUUCAACUACCAAGAACUUUUCAACAGAGGAGGAUUUGUUGUCUGUGAUGGUGCUGUACUGGAAAGACUAGAACUAGAGCAUUUGAAAGAAAUAGCCAAUGUACUGGAAGAGCUAAGUCAGCAGGGAAAGUGGAAGUGGUGGCUGCACUACAAGGAUAGCAAAAUGCUCAAGGAAAAUGGAAGAACAGUUUCUCCAGGCCAUGCCAAGAAGUUCUUCAUGGAUUGCUGCCAGGAAGCAGGCAUUGUGGAAGUUCUUCCAUACCAUGAAUGUGACCUCAUUUCCCAAGGGAAGCCGGAAUAUUUGAACUGCAUGCUGCGUCUACAAGUUCAGCACAUCAGUGCCAGGUUUGCUGUCUUCAUAACAGAUGAGGCAGAUGAAACGUAUGGAAACAAUGGUUUGUUAGCCAUGGACAUAAACACGUUUUUAACACAUUUCAAAACAUUUAAAUACUAAAUGGAGAAAACAUUCAAGACCAUUUUGAACAUGAGGUACAUUCCAGGAAUCUUUAAGCAAAUUGUAAUUUCCAAUCAAUCUUCCCCUGUGCAAAAACAGGUUAUGAUUUAAAGAGAAGUGUGCUAGAUUUCCUGGCUUUAGCAGGGUGACCUUAUUUUAAUAUUGCCGUAACUAUCUGUGGAAGCUUUCACUGCAGUUUUGGAAGUUAAGAAGAAUGUUACUAGAUGCAAAGCAUGUUAGUAAGGGAAGCUUAGGGUUGGUUUAUGACCGGAAAAAAAGUGUUGAGGUGGAUUAGGCAAUUUCACUCUGCAGGAGAAUUGCAAGACAACUUAAAAGUGAACACAUGCAAACAGAGGUAUCUUUUAACCUAGUGUUGUACCAGGUGCACUGUUUUAGAAAACUAAUACAUGCAUUGUCAUGAUAGUAGUAUGGAACACGUUAAAUGCAAAAAAAACUAUUUAAGGGUCUUUCAACUGUACUCUUCCUUUAUUGUCACUAGUGCAAUAAGGUGGGGUCAGGUGAUUCAGUAGGGAGAGGUGCCCCAUCUUAUUGCAUGAAUUCCCUGCAUCAAUGACAUGACCAAUACAGCAGGUGAUCUACUUGCAGUGAGUAGUUUUAUUGUACAGUACUAGGCUAAAAUAACACUAAAUAUGUAUUACAUAUUAUUUUUCAUAAGGAAGAAAAAGAAAAACUCUUUUUUAAAUACCUAUAAGCUCAGACAAGUUUAACUAUCUUGUAAAAUAUUUUGUAGAUUUUUAUUCUUAAUGUAUCAUUAAUGUCUGUGGUACUAUUUGUUUGUUUAGGGUGCUAUGUACAAUGUAUUGUUUAUGUUUUUAUAAUGCUACAUGUAGAUAUUAUAUUUAAUGAUGUUUACACCUACAUGUUGAAGUGUAGUUUGUUAUAGUUCAAAAAAACUGGUAUAAAAGAUGUAUUGUACAUUUAAAAAAUAAAUAAAUAAAAGGCACAGCCAUUUAAUUUUUUAACUUUUUAAAAAUGGCAGCUCACAUUCUUUUAGUACCGAGUUUGGCUGGCUGUUUUUUAGAAUCCUCCAAAAUACAGGUAAUAAGCAAAGCAAAUUAUUUAUCUUGGCUUCACAAAAGUGCCUUUGCAUACAUAUUCAAUAAAACAAAAUGUCAUUUUCCACUUUUUACCUAACCAAGAUUUCUUCUCCAUAGAGAUUUGGAUUGUUAAAUGUCCCUUGCCACAGGUCUAUUCUAUUUGCUAUGACAAGAACUUCCAAAGACAGGGAUACAGUUUACUUUUGACAAAGAACAUCUUUAUGGUUCCAAUUAACACUUGACUUGUAACAAUUACCAUAUAUAUACUGAGCAUCAAAAGAAAUAUAUCACUUACAUUUGAGCAUCAAAAGAAACGUAUCGCUUAUAUUUGGAUAAAAUUCACUAGAUGUGAUCGAAAAAUGACAAACUCUGUUUUAGAGCAGGUGCAGUGACUUUUUAUUGUGCUGAUUAACAACUGACAUCACGAAGAUGCUGCAAAAUGAUCUGUCGAUCUUGGGCAGGUGUUGUGACUCUUGGUCUCCCAGUUCGUGGCCUGUCAUUGACAGAGUGUGUCUGGUUAUACCAUCUCGCCAGGUUUGAAAUUGCUGGCUGUGAGCACCACAAGACAGCGAGCCACAGUACGCUGCCCUAGUCCAGCCUCCAACAUGCUGAUUGCACGAAGGUGCUGCUCUCUUGACAGACGUGGCAUAUUGUUUUUUUUCUGCAGUUUUCUUUAAUGCUUUUAUUCAAGCUUGCAAUUCAACAGCUGAAAUCGCUCCAUAUCCAGUGUCCAAUCAACUGUCUCACUAAUUAGGUGAUUAAGUGCAUAUGCUUCAGUCAUAGUCACUCCAGCGUGCCAUGGUCAAGGAUGAAUGAUCGCGUGAUUAAAAAGAAACCAAAAACAUUUCAUCAAUGUCCAUCAUUUUAUAUACCAUAUUUUUUUUCUAAAAUAAAUGUUAUAAUAGUGAUAGGUUUCUUUUGAUGCUCGGUAUGUGUGUUUGUGUAUGUAUGUAUGUAUGUAUGUGUGUGUGUGUGUGUAUAUUAUUUAUAUAUAUAUAUAUAUAUAUAAUGUAUGUAUGUUGCACAAGUCUUAUUAACCAAAUAGUUACAGCAAUAGCUUUAGAAUACCAUUGUCUUACAGUUUGUAUGUACUUUAAAUAUUUUUUUAUAUUCCUCUGUAAUUCAGUGAUCCAAUGUUACACACCGUGCUGCUGUUAAUAAAAAUAUCUGACUGCAAUCACUAUCUAA